AUGCUGCUGUUUGGAGUUUGCCUGAUGCUGCUGUUCCCGGGGUUGUGGGCGGCGACCUUUAAGAUGGCUCUGAUUGGCCCAUGGUCAUGUGACCCGCUGUACUCGCGCGCUAUGGUGUCGACGGCGGUGAAUCUGGCGUUGUCACGGUUACGCAGAGACGCAGGCCUCAGCUACUGGUACGACGUGAAGGUUCUGGACGAGAGCUGCUCCGCCUCCAGAGCGCUGACAGAGCUCUCUGAGAUGGAGGGUUAUGGUCACGCCUACAUUGGCCCCUUUAACCCCGCCCUUUGCCACGCUGCGUCCUUAUUUGCUCAGCAUUGGGAGGCGGGGCUGGCCUCUCCCGGGUGUCUGGAUGCUGAUUGGCCAAACCUUCCCCCGCUGACCCCACCCACUAAGGUCCUGUUCACCGUUUUACGUCACUUCGGCUGGGCGCAUGUCGGCGUCAUCACAGCUCCCUCGGAGCUGUGGAUGGGCACUGGGGAGGAGCUGGCGUCAGGGCUACGGGCUUUGGGUUUACCUGUCGCACCUGUCGUUUCCAUGGAUACAACAGGUCGACCGGAGGAUGCUCUGAAGGCCAUCAGAGAGGCGGACCAAGUCAAAGUGGUCAUCCUGUGCAUGAGCUCACUGCUGAUUGGAGGAGAAGAGCAGAAAGAGCUCCUAUUGGCUGCUCUGGACAUGGGCAUGAUCUCAGACGGAUAUGUUUUCAUCCCUUACGAUGCGCUGCUGUAUGCGAUGCCCUACCAGGAAGUGUCAUACUCUCAACUGAGCAACAGCACCCGCCUCCGUCAUGCCUACGGCGCCGUCCUCACCGUUACCAUGGCGUCGGACCAGAGUUUCUACGAAGUGUUCAGGGACGCACAAAUAAAUAGAGAAAUACGUUCGCCUGUGUCUGCGACUGAGGUUUCUCCUCUGUUCGGCUCGGUCUAUAACAUGGUGCACUAUGUGGCGAAUGCUGUGGAGGAGCGUCAUAAAGCUGGAGGUGGACACUGGGUUAAAGGAGACUCCCUCAUCCAGUCAGGAGGAGGCUUUUCCUUCAAGGGAUUCAACCAGAUGUUGUACGGUGGCCGUUCUGGUCUCGGUCUACAGGCUCGGUUCCUGGUUCUGGACUCUGAUGGGGACCGGUUUGUUCCGACACACAGUCUGGACGCGGCACACACAGACGGGCAGAUAGGAGGACUCAGAGAACUGUCUCACUCCUUCAUUUUCCCUGGAGGAAAACCCAACAGCGCCGCGUUCUGCUGGUUCAGCCCGGACUACGCCUGCAGCCCCGGAAUGGACACGGCGACCAUGUGCUUUCUGUUCCUCGUGGUCUGCGCUCUGAUUGGAGGAUUUUUCAUUUGGUUUAAAAAGUUCCGACGGGCAUCACAAGCGUCCAAACUGGUCUACGGUCUGGACGACAUCGUCUUCAUCGACACGCAGGUCUCCAAGAAGAAAUUGAACGAUGAUUCGAUCAUGAAGAGUUUGGUGGAGAUAAAGACUCCGCUCAGGUCCAUCGCUCGCAGCUACAUCCUGUCCACUCCAGAGAGCUCCAACGUGGGAAUGCUAGAGGGUGACUGUGUUUGGUUGAAGAAGAUUCUGGUGGGAAAAGGCCUGACGGCGAUAAACUCCAGCACCAAGAGCCUGUUUAGUCAGCUGAGGGAGAUGCGUCACGAGAACUUGAACCUGUACCUGGGCCUGUUCUUGGACUCUGAGAUGUUUGCUUUGGUGGUGGAACAUUGUCCCAGAGGAAGUUUGGCAGAUUUACUCGCAGACAGCGACAUGAGACUCGACUGGAUGUUCAAAUCCUCUCUGCUCAUCGACCUGAUCAAGGGCAUGAAGUACCUGCACCUGCGUGGCCUGAGCCAUGGUCGGCUCAAGUCCACAAACUGCCUCGUGGACGGGCGCUUCGUUCUAAAAAUCACUGAUUAUGGACUUCCCAUGAUCCUCCACUCUCAGGGUCUGCCUGUCACAGAAGACCAUCAGGGCCUCUUGUGGACUGCCCCUGAACUGUUGAGGAACCCCAUCAGAGGAGGCUCUUAUGCCGGAGAUGUUUUCAGCUUCGGAAUCAUCAUCCAAGAGGUCAUCACCAGGACUCUGCCUUAUGCCAUGAUGGACAUGCCAGCCCACGAGAUCGUGGAGCGUGUGAAGGACCCCCCUGCUGGGGCCCCUCAGUGCAGACCUGUAGUGUCUGUGGACGAGGCGCCUACAGAGUGUCUGGUUCUUAUGAGCGAAUGUUGGAGCGAAGAUCCUCAGAACCGGCCCAGUUUUGAUGACAUCUUUAAACAGUUUCGUGGGAUAAAUCGAGGAAAAAGAGCCAAUAUCAUAGACUCAAUGCUAAGGAUGCUGGAACAGUACAGUUCAAAUUUAGAGGAUUUAAUCAGAGAGAGAACCGACGAGCUGGAAGUGGAAAGAACCAAGACUGAAAAACUAGUGUCACAACUACUGCCCAAGUCUGUGGCUCAGGCGUUGAAGAAGGGGAAACCAGUGGAGCCAGAGCAUUACGCAGACUCCACUCUGUAUUUCAGUGACAUUGUGGGCUUCACCACCAUCUCGGCCCUCAGUGAGCCCAUUGAGGUUGUCGAUUUGCUCAAUGACCUCUACACAAUGUUUGAUGCCAUCAUUGCUUCACAUGAUGUUUAUAAGGUGGAAACGAUUGGAGAUGCCUACAUGUGUGCGAGUGGCGUUCCAAACAGAAACGGGAGUCGCCAUGCAGCUGAAGUGUCUAAUAUGUCUCUGGACAUUCUUCACGCCAUCGGAGCCUUUCGCAUCAGACACAUGCCGGAAAUCAAAGUGAAGAUCCGCAUUGGGCUGCACUCAGGCCCGGUGGUCGCUGGAGUGGUGGGUCUGACCAUGCCCCGGUACUGUCUGUUUGGAGACACAGUGACCACAGCAUCUCACAUGGAAGCCACAGGACUGCCGUACAGAAUCCACCUGAGUCUAAGCACGGUCAAAGUCCUCACCAGCCUCAAACUGGGAUACCACUUUGACACCAGGAAAUCCAAUGUUAAAGGGGAAGAGGACACAUAUUGGCUGAUCGGUUGUGAUGGAUUCACCAAACCUUUACCUGUUCCUCCCGACCUCACUGGAGGGGCGAGUAACCACGGCAUCUCUUUGGAUGAAAUCCCAAUUGAACGUCGUCAACGAUUCCUCGACCGUCAAAAAAAACAGAAGAAAUAA